AUGGCAUACUUUGAAUGCUCGACUGUAGUCUGACCGACGACAGCAAUCAUUCUUCUGACGCGAGUGAAAGAGAGAGGGAGAGUUUAUUUAUCUGUCAAUAACAAAGGAAAUGAUAUUGAUAUAGAGGAGGUAUUCCACAGGCAGCUCGAUAUCUCUCCCACCGCAUCAGACAUGGGAAUCAAGUUCAUCUCUCCUUUGAUCCUUCUCUCCCUCAGCUUUGCCUUCCACUGCUCUCUUGCAACACAUCCUUCUACCUUGGAAAGAGGUUCUUCUCUCUCCGUAGAGCAGCACGAGGAGGACGUUCUUACCUCACCGGACCGCGCCUUCUCUUGUGGCUUCCGCAAGGUAGGCACCAACGCCUACUGCUUCUCCAUCUGGUUCACCAACUCCGAGGAGGACGCCGUCGUCUGGACCGCGAACCGCGACGCCCCCGUGAAUGGCCGCGGCUCCAGGGUUUCUCUGCGUCGAGACGGCAAACUAGCCCUCACCGACGUCGACGGAUCCACUGUGUGGGACACCAACACCAGCUACGCCGGAGUUUCGACUGCCGAACUCCUCGACACCGGCAACCUUGUCUUGAAGGACCGCGAUGGUCAUGUCCUUUGGCAAAGCUUCGAUUCACCUACCGACACUUUGGUUCCUUGGCAGCCUCUGACCAAAGGAAAGCGGCUUGUAUCACCGAUUGCCAAGGGCGCUCGCAGAUCGGGCUAUUAUACCCUCUACUUCGACAACGAUAACGUCCUCAGGCUCAUGUAUGAUGGACCGGAGAUCUCCAGCAUCUACUGGCCAAACCCGGACAGCACUUUGUACCAAAACGGAAGAUCAAACUAUAACAGCACGAGAAUCGCAUUUCUCGAUGAGAAAGGGCACUUCCACUCAAGCGACGGGUUCAAAGCCCUAGCCUCCGAUUUAGGUGUUGGCAUCAGAAGGCGGCUGACCAUGGAUUACGAUGGUAACCUCAGACUCUACAGCUUGAAUGAGUCGACCGGGACGUGGUCGAUCACCUGGGAAGCUCUGUCGCAGAUCUGCAACGUGCAUGGGCUAUGCGGUAGGAACGGGAUUUGCGAGUAUUAUCCGGGCAUCCGGUGUUCAUGUCCUCCGGGCUACGAGAUGAGCGAUCCCGCCGAUUGGAACAGUGGCUGCAAGCCAAAGUUCAACCUCAGUUGCAGCAACCACACUCAGCAGCAGCUCCACUUCAUCGAGCUCCAGGAGACGGACUACUAUGGAUUCGACAUGAGCACCUACUCCACAAUGAUCUCGUUUGAAGCCUGCCGAAACGCUUGCAUCCAGAGUUGCGACUGCCGGGCUUUUGGCUACCGACUGACGGGCAAUGGGUUGUGUUUCCCGAAGAGUUCGCUGUUCAAUGGCUACAAGUCUCCGAAUUUUCCAGGUAGUAUCUUUCUCAAAGUGCCUAUAAGCAUAGUGUCCUCCUCGAGCUCCAAUCAAUCUGCGGUCACCUGCAAUUCCGAUGGUUCCACUGUCACAACGAGCUCUUCGCUUAGGUACGGGAACAACAGAAGCAACACCAAGUGGGUCUACCUCUACGGAUUUGCUGCAUCACUGGGAGCAGCAGAGUUUCUCUUCAUCUUCGCAGGCUGGUGGUGCAUUUUCCGGGGCCGAGAUACAACCAAGUCAGUGGAGGAAGGUUACCGGAUGAUAAGCCGUCAGUUCAGGAGGUUCACGUACCGCGACCUCCGGGAGGCGACCGGCAAAUUCAAGGAGGAACUCGGCAGGGGAAGCUCAGGUGCGGUAUACAGGGGAGUAUUGGAUGACAAGAGGGUGUUGGCGGUGAAGAAGCUGACGGACGUGAUGGAGGGAGAAGAAGAAUUCUGGGCCGAGGUAAGCGUGAUCGGAAGAAUCAACCACAUGAAUCUGGUCAGGAUGUGGGGUUUCUGCUCCGAAGGCCAGCACAGGCUGCUGGUGUACGAGUACGUGGAGAAUCAAUCGCUGGACAAGUACCUGUUCGGCCGCGCCGACAGCGGCAGCUCGCUGGGAUGGAACCAAAGGUUCAAGAUCGCACUGGGGACGGCCAGAGGCCUCGCGUACCUCCACCAUGAAUGCUUGGAGUGGGUCAUCCACUGCGACGUGAAGCCCGAAAACAUCCUCCUGGACCGCGACUUCGAACCCAAGAUCGCCGAUUUCGGCCUGGCCAAGCUGUCGAAGCGGGACGGCCCGGGCUUCAACAUCUCGCGGAUGCGAGGAACGAAGGGGUAUAUGGCGCCCGAAUGGGCGCUGAGCUUUCCGAUCACCGCCAAGGUCGACGUGUACAGCUACGGCGUCGUGCUUCUGGAGAUACUGAAGGGGAGCCGGGUUUCGGACUGGGUGGAAGCGGACGGAACAGAGAAGAGCCUGAGGUCGCUGGUGGCCGAGCUGAAGGAGCAACUGGGCGGCAGCGACGAGUCAUGGGUGAGAGAUGUAGUGGAUCACAGGUUGCGUGGGCAGUUCAAUCAUGAGCAGGCGACGGCCAUGGUGAAGAUUGCAGUGUCCUGCUUGGAGGAAGACCGCAGCAGAAGGUUGACCAUGAAUGAAAUCGUCAAAUUGCUGAUAGCUUGUGGGGAGAAAGAUGCUGAUCGUAUUUAAAGUAUAACUUUAGAAAAAAAUUAAAUUAUUA